AUUCUUUGGCAUGCGCGUUCGGGGAUGCUAUUGAAAUCGUGCUCAUGAGUGUUUUUGUUAAAUACAGUGCAGUGCCAAAAGUUUUGUGAAACUUUUUGUUUAUCGUUUGCGAUUUUUUAAAGUUAACAAAUUUCAAGUGAUUUGUGUUUUAAAAACGUCAAGAUGAAUAAAACUUGUGCAAGGUGCGAAAAAACAGUUUAUCCUACAGAGGAAUUGAACUGUUUGGACAAGGUGUGGCACAAAGGCUGUUUCAAAUGUCAGGAGUGCGGGAUGACGCUCAACAUGAGGACGUACAAAGGUUACGGGAAACAGCCUUACUGCGAAGCACACGUGGUAAAAACAAAGCCGACCGCAAUGGCGGAGACACCGGAGCUCAAGAGGAUAGCUGAGAACACGAAAUUACAAAGCAAUGUCAAAUAUCACGCCGACUUCGAGAAGAGCAAGGGCAAGUUUACACAGGUAGCAGACGACCCCGAAACGCUAAGAAUUAAAGCAAACUCGAAAAUUAUAAGCAACUUCUUAUAUCACGGGGAUCUAGAGAAGAAAGCACAGAUGGAGAGACAGAGACAGAUCAACGAGAAUGGCGAGAUUGUUGACGUUGCGACGAACGACAAUUACCAACACCAAAUCGACACAUACGCAACAGAAAUGCUCAACGCACCAAAUCUACCGCCCAAAAACCACUACCAGACGCCCGUACAGACCCAGCAAUACACAACCAGACAGGAGGACUAUUACAAUUAUCCGAAAUACGAUGAUUAUGCGACACAAUCGAUGCAGAACCAAAAGAUUGGUAGGAUUCAAGACUAUGACCCCUUGAGCGAUGGGCCUAGAGCUCCGCCGAAUACGCAAAGGGCGUCAUCCACGUUGAUAUAUACGAGCGCGAAUGAGAAACGAGCAGGCGCUCAACAACAACUGCAACAGUCGCGCCACAUCGGCCGAGUGACGGACCUCGAUCCGUUGGCCAACGAGCCGCAACAAUAUCACUCACAUCCCCAGCAACAACAACAGCAACAACAUUUACAUCAACAGCAACAACAUUUACAUCAACAACAGCAACAACAUUUACAUCAACAGCAACAACAACAGCAACAGCAACAUUUACAGCAACAGCAGCAACAACAUUUACAGCAACAGCAGCAACAACAUUUGCAGCAACAACAACAGCAACAACAUCUGCAGCAACAACAUUUACAGCAACAGCAGCAUCAACAGCAGCAACAGCCAAGACCCGCUGCUAAUCAUCCCAAUCAGCGAGUCUACGUUGCUAUGUACGACUAUGAAGCGAACGACAGCGAUGAAGUAUCAUUCCGCGAAGGUGACCUUAUAGUAUCUAACGUGACGUCUAUCUACGAGGGCUGGAUGACCGGCAAAGUGUUGCGAACAGGUCGUGCUGGGAUGUUGCCCGCUAAUUACGUGGAACUGACCAAUGAAACCCCUAAUUAAUGGUUAUGUCACGUUUAGUUGUGGUUAUGGGUGGUUAUGCCAUGUUUAAUUGCGGUUUAUGCGUGGUUAUGAUUACUUGUGGUUAUAGCUGGUUAAGACACAUUAAAUUACAUAUUCAUAAUUAAAUACGGAAAAACUUAGGUCACAAAAAUUUUGAAAUUGUAGUUUUACCACGAAUAGCUGGAUUUAUCGUGUAAUUAUAAAAUAUACAAUUAUGUACGUAUAAUCGGCUUAUGUUACAUAUUCUUUGAGAUGCAUUAUAUACUCCAUAAACCCGCUAUUAAAUAUGGCAAUCUCACUAUUUAUGUGGCUAUGCCACUUGUAAUAUGGCUAUUGUGGUAAUGCCACAAAUUGUUACAUUAACAUUGUUAUAACAUGCCACAUUCUUUUACUAAUAAUAAUUCAUGCCACAUUUUUGUAAUUAUAAAAAUCAUUUGUAUUGUAAUUUAGAUUGUCAUACUCAUUUAUUUAUGUCAAUUUUUGAAUGAGUUUUAAACACUUGUACCAUUAUUUAGUUACGCAAUUUAAUUCUGUUGUCUUACUCCUUCCCAUGUUAAUUAUUAACUUGUUAUUAAUGCCACUAAUGCCAUUUGUUGUAAUAGUUGAAUUUCAUUUGUUGAUAUGCCACUACGCCAUGCCAUGUAACUUUGCCACAUUGUUAGGCCACUGUUACAAUAAUUACUAAUACAAAAUCAUGCUUUAUAAUAUAACAAUUUGUAAUUCUUUUUUUUGUUCUAUUUUUCUAAAAAACGAAAAGAAUUUGCUGAUAGCAAAUUAGUUCAGUCAUUUCUAUUUUCAUAUUCCAUUUAGUUAUAAAAUAGAAAAUUCGACUGAUCUUUCAAUGUAUAUUAUUAAAUAAUAAUAAAAUAUAUUACGGUUUUGCACAAUAUAAUGCUCUACUUGAAUAUAAUCUAUUUGUAUGAGAAUAUAUAAGUAUUUUUAUAUCGUAUUUAUAUAUUUUAUUACCUAAGGGUAAUUUAAUUGACCAAUAUUUUGCAUUUUAUUCUUCCGUACCUAUUGACUAAAAUAGCAAUAAUUUUAAAAUAUUGUAAUUAAGCUGAGCUUUUUGUAUGUCUGGCUAUCUUUUGAUACAGAAUUGAUAAACUAUAAAAGUCUGAAUAUUAUAAGACUUACAAUAAUAAAUAAAAUUUUAUACAAGUUCAUUUUAAAUGUUUUAAAAUUUUGUACGGAAGUUCCACUGUCCGAGACCGACUCACGCUUGACCGGUUUCUUCAUUCCAAUAAAAGUAUUUAUUUAUUUAAAUUAUAUAUGUUACAGUCAAAACCCUUAACCAGUCAAUAACCUUACUUGACCAAUUUUACCGGUCAAUAAGGUUAUUGACUGGUUCAGGGGUUUGACUGUAGCAUAUAUAUAUUUCGUAUUAAUCCUACUUAUUUUUAAAUAUGCUACUAUAUUUGAGCUUAUAUUUUUUACCUGUUUUUUUAUCAGGACUGUAUAUACUUGCUUUUGACUUAAUAAUUACAAAUCGUAUCUUAUGUUUUUUAAUACAUAUACUUCUUAUGUCUAAGUUAUGUGAUACUUUGAGAUUUUAUUGGUUCUUAUAAUUUACUGUACAAUAUUUGAAUAAACUUUUGUCAAUUGUUAGUUAGGGGUCAUCUUUGAAUUACGUCACGCUUUCCUCCCUCCAAUAUGUAUUUUAAAAGAUGUAUGAAAAACACUCGUUUGAGGUGAAGUCAUAGAUUUAAAUGUAUAUUUUUUUGUAAAUUGCAUGUAAUCUGUGCAUGUAAUGUUAUAAAAUUAAAUAUAAAAACAACCCUUAUCUAUAUUAUCAUACUUUCCCAUCCCUUCCCCUUUUUGACGUUAUUUAUGAAAGACCCUUUUGAGAUCUGUUCUUAGAAAUGUUAUUUAUUGUCAUAAUUUUUCCGAUAAAUUUUCAACACAUAAUAAAGCGUUUUAAAAAUAGCGUGUGCUGUGCACACGUCAGAAGUGAAAUUUCUUUGGCAAGAUUCAACGAUACAUACUAAAAUCGUCGCCUUACUCCAUGACGUGACGAUAUUGCCAUGUCGUGACCUUGAAAUUUUACUCUCAACGCGCCUAAAGGAGUUUCACUUUAAGAAUUUUUGCAAAAAUUGUAAAUUACUGCAUAAUAUUUUGAGAUUAAAAAUACAUUCCGUUUUUCACGAUUUUAGUUUCAAUGCCAAUUAGUUCUUAUGUUGAUUAUUUUAUGCUUUUUAAAUUUUAGUAUGGUAAGGUUUUAUUUAUUUUUUCUCUGCACAAUCAUGUUGGUAACACUUGUGUUAGGUACCUAGUAUUUAUUUUAUUUUAAGAGCAGUUAUUUUUAAUUAUUUUAAUUCAUCACAAUUUAUAGUUUUAUUUAACACUGAUAUGUUGUUACUCAUAUUUUAAUUUGAAUUUAAAAUGAAUAAAAUAUAUCGAUAAAAUUACUGUUAUUUUUUAGAGCAUGAAAAUUUAAUAUUUUAUGAAGACAAAAUGCUUGUGUCUCAUAUAUUCAUUAUGCAGUCAAAGUAUCAGUAAUAUAUAGGAACAAAAAUAAAAGUUUAAUAAUCAGUGUCACAUUUUGUUAAUUUAUAUAAUAUGGUAACAGUAUUAUAAGAAACGCCGAUGUAACAGUGCCUUGUAAAGUUUUAAAUAUAUAUAUUUCAUAAGCA